AUGUGGUUACUUCUGUCGUUGUUGUCGGCCACCCUGGUGAAAACAUUAACCCACGUUCCACACCCACUCCCGUGGACACCUCCGGGACCAAAUGAUGUGCGCAGUCCUUGCCCCGUGUUGAAUGCGCUCGCCAAUCAUGACGUUCUCCAACACGAUGGAAAGGACAUCUCGCAGCAGGAUACAAUCCAGGCCUUAGGCUCAGCUUUGAAUGUCGAUAAAGGGCUUUCCCAGAUCCUCUUCGCAAUGGCAAUAAAAACGAACCCAACACCCAAUGCGACGACCUUUUCCCUUGAUGAUCUGAAUCGUCACAACAUUAUAGAGCAUGAUGGGAGUUUGAGCCGCGGAGACUUCUACUUCGGCGACAAUCACUCCUUCAACCAGACAAUCUUCGACGAAGCACGAUCGUACUGGACCGAGCCGAUAAUUGACCUACAUGCUGGGGCGCGCGCCCGUCUGGCACGAAUAAAUACUUCCAAGGCUACCAAUCCGACGUUUGACCUCUCCGGGAGUCGUCUUCGGUUUAGCUAUGCACAGACAUCAACAUAUAUUCUUGUCUUUGGUGAUAGGGUCUCUGCGACCGUUGAUAGAUCCUGGGUGGAGUACCUGUUCGAGAAUGAACGUCUUCCCAUUGAACUUGGUUGGGAAAGGAGGGAAAGCCCUAUAGCGACUCCUGAUCUUGAUAGUAUGAUUGAGAGGCUCAUGGAAGUUACGCGACAGAUUGAAAGCUCUGAGGCGCUAAGGUGAUGGACUAAAGGUGAUACAAGACGCGUACUAUCAACAACUGUGUGGUGUGCUGGAAGUGGC